UCCUUUGCUCUGACGUCAGACUGGCCACGUGGUGUGGUUUGUUACCGCACAGCUCUGGGCUCCGCACACACUCCCGCACACACUCACUCCCUCACUCACUCCCUCCCGCACUGCUGUUGUCUCUUCGCUUUUCAGUUCAUCAAUCGUCGGCUUUUGGUGCCCAGAAAAUGCCUUCUGACAAAUCAUUCAAACAGAGGAGAAGUUUCGCUGAUCGGGUUAAAGAAGUCCAACAGAUCAGAGACCAGCAUCCCAACAAGAUCCCAGUGAUAAUUGAGAGGUACAAGGGGGAGAAACAACUGCCAGUGUUGGACAAGACCAAAUUCUUAGUUCCAGACCAUGUCAACAUGAGCGAACUUGUUAAGAUCAUCCGGCGCAGACUCCAGCUGAACCCAAACCAAGCUUUCUUCUUGCUGGUCAAUCAAAGGAGCAUGGUCAGUGUCUCGACCUCCAUCUCAGAGAUCUAUGAACAGGAGAAGGAUGAAGAUGGCUUCCUCUACAUGGUUUACGCCUCUCAGGAGACCUUUGGUUGUUGAAAGCGGCGCUACGAUGAAAGUCCCCGCACUUGGUUUGACGACUGGCAAAGAAGGAGGGAGGGAGGGAGGGGGAGAAAGAGAGACAGGGAGAAAGAGAGAGAAUUUCACUGUGUUAAAACAACCAACAGGAUUUUUCAUCCUGCAUUCAGUCACUCACACGUACAACAAACGCAUAGUGUACCAGGUCAUGUAAAACGUUGAACCAACAAUAGCCUUCUCUCACUUGUAUCUAUAUGAUUGGCAGCUGUUUAUUUGCUAGUUAUCAGUCUUUCGUUCAUUUUUUUUCUCUGUUGAAAUGUGAUACAAUGCAUGGUCCACCUGCCAGGCCGGCAAGCAAUUUUAAAGCCCUAAAAAAAUGGUAAAACAGAGGGCUUUGUGUUUGGAGAAGGUGAUAAUAUAUCAAUAUAUAUUAUUAUUAUUAUAUAUAUAUUUAAAUAUAUAUAUAAAAAAUACCAAUGACUUCAAAAUUGACUUUUAAGUGCAUAUCAAAUAUCGGUGCUUCAAAUUGGGAAACGGGGGUGGAAAAAGGAGGGAUUAGAGAAAAAGGAAUUUUGGACAAUGGUUAACGCUCUUUCCUAAGUUUUCAUGAUCAGCUAUUUAUGUAGAACUUGCUUUUUAUGCACUUUAUAAACAGCACGGAUAUUUAGGAAGGCUAAGAAUUCCAUUGUAGUAUAUAAAAUAGUAGGUUUUAAUGCAGAAGGUCAGACCAACUUGGUGACCUGGCUUUUUAUCUUUUCCUUAUAUUAUUUAGUCGUCAUUUCUGUGAUUUAUGGGUUGGAUUUUUUUUUCCCUCCCUCUUUUUAUAUAUAUAUAUAUAUAUAUUAGUGUUACGUGUAGUAACGGUGCCUGUUAUUGUGUGAUAAAAGGGAAUGCUCAUUCGUGGAAUCUCUCAUAAUUGUUUACUUUUAUUUCUUUUUGAACAAAAAACGCAUAAUUAUAAUUAAAAAAAAAGUCACAGUACUAAAGCUGUAAUUUAAAUGUCCCACGUCUCUUCAAUCAAUUUUUUUGUGAUGAA